AUGGCAUUGGUGUUCCUGCCAGCACUGGCUCGUAUGGCCGUAAGCGGCGGUACUCAUGGAAACGAGCUGUCCGGUGUGUAUGUGGUGCAGGAGAUGGAGCGACAGCGGAAAGAGACGGGAGAGCACGCGUGGCCGAUUCCCGUUACAACCGUGCUGUCAAACCCACGGGCUGUGAAAGAGUGCAGGAGAUACAUUGACAAGGACAUAAACCGCUGCUUCAACAGAGCUACGCUGAGUUCUCCUAUUACAGACAGCAGCCCGUAUGAAGUCCGGCGCGCUCAGGAACUGAACAAUCUGCUGGGGCCGAAAGGAUCCACAGAUGCAAUCGACUUGAUCUGUGACCUUCAUAACACCACGGCUAACAUGGGCCUCACACUGAUCCAUUACACGACCAGUGACUGGGUGACUCUGCACAUCUGCAAAUACUUACAGACUAAGAUAACCAAAGUGCCUGUGAGAGUGCUGGUGCUGGAUGUCCCGAUUAGUGAUGCUUAUUCCUUGGAGUCUGUAUCCAAGCAUGGCUUUUCAAUAGAGGUCGGGCCGCAGCCGCAUGGUGUCGUCAGGGCUGACAUCUAUACCAUUAUGAAAGAGGCCGUCGACUUGACAAUAGACUGGAUCCACAAAUUCAACUCAGGUACGGUGUUUGAAGGCGGGGAUGUGGAAGCCUUUAAGUUGAUCAAAAGUGUUGAUUAUCCCAGAGAUCCAAAGACUCGGACUCUCACCGCUGCCAUUCAUCCUCACCUGCAGGACAGAGACUUCUGUCUCCUCAAGCAGGGAGACCCUUUGUUUUUGUCAUUUUCUGGAGAAACUGUGAAGUAUGAAGAAGAGCCACUUCAUCCUUUCUUUAUCAAUGAAGCUGCCUACUAUGAAAAGGAAAUCGCUUUUCACUUGGGAAAAAAGAUGAUGCUGACAAUUCCAUCGGUGCAGGUGCAGAAAGACUGAAGGAUGAGAGAGGAGAAGAUAUUAAACUCAGCACAAUUACCAACACCAAUCAGAUGAUUUUAAAAGAAUGUCACUCAAAUUAUUUUAACAAUGACUUAUAACUCAGGUACAUUACAUACUUGUUUGUAGCUAUAUGACAAUGAAAGACUCAUUUUGAUCUGCUGCUAAAACACAAGCAACGGUGUUCUGGAUGAAAAGAUAUUUAUUGUGACCAGCAAAAUGUUCACUUGACAGGAUCGUGUACAAAACUGUAUAAAAAAGGCAAAACCAUCUGAAGUAUUUCAGACACCAUCAUCAUGAUGUCACAGUGGGCUGUGGAGUGUGAGGUAUCCUCUUGAUUGUAUUGCUCAUAUGCUGUUGCUCUCGCUUGACUGUUUUGAGAAAAUUGAGCCUCUCAUGGGCUUGGAAUAAAAAGACUAAAUAUAAAGCACACUCACUUGAA